AUGACUAGUACGACAGAAUGGGAUCGCCUUUGGAAAACUGUACGUGAUGCGCCUGACAACUUUGGUUGCUGGGAACAACUGAUUCGAGUAGCAGAAGAAGGAGGCAUUAGUAAAUCUUCCCCACCGGAAAAAAUCACUCGUUUAGAAAGUGUGUACGAUAGCUUUCUAUCAAAGUUCCCACUUUGCUUUGGCUACUGGAAAAAAUAUUCAGAUUGGGAAUUAACGGUGCAUGGACCCGAAAAUGCGGAAAAGAUAUUCGAAAGAGGAGUUGUGGCUAUAACAAACUCAAUUGACCUUUGGAAUCAAUACAUCGACUUCAAAAUGACACAAACAACGUCUAACGAUGACAUCGAAACCUUGUUUAAACGCGCAGCUUCUUGUGUAGGCUUGGACUUCCUUGCACAUCCAUUCUGGGACAAAUAUAUUGAAUUUGUAGAGACUCGACUUGUCGAUCCCAAGCGUCUAUUGUUACUCUUGGACGAUAUUGUUUUAAUUCCAAUGCAUCAGUAUGCUCGUUACUAUGAAAAAUGGCGUGGCAUUCGUGCCAAUAUGAAUAUCAAAGAAGAUUUAGAUCAGCUCACAUUGGAGACCUUUUAUAAAGAGAUUCAGGAAGAAAAUGGAACUUCGAUGACACAAGAUGAAAUGGAUGUUCUGUUGAAAGAGAAAGUCAACGCUCAGACGUUAGCUGUGUAUAAAAAGACGCAAGAUGGAACGAAUAAGCGCUGGGUUUACGAAGCCGAAAUCAAACGACCUUAUUUCCAUGUCAAACCUUUAGACAGACCUCAACUUCAAAAUUGGAGCAAAUAUCUUGAUUUUGAGGAAAAUCUGAAAGAUGUGUCACGUAUCCGUGCACUUUACGAACGUUGUCUGGUGCCAUGUGCCCAAUACGAAGAAUUUUGGCUACGUUAUGGUCAAUGGUUAACGAAAAACGAUCUUUUGGCUGAUGCAAGACAUGCCUAUGAAAGAGCUGCGUUUAAAUUCUUACCUCAGGAUCGAUGCAAUGCCAAAAUUGCACUCGCUUUAAUUUUGGAAGAAGAAGGGAGCUUCGAAGAGGCCAAAAAGAUAUACACAAAUAUUUUAGGAUCCACACCUAAUCAUGUGGAGACAAUCUUAAAUUAUCUGCAUUUCGAGAGAAGACAGGACCCUAGUGCCUUUGAAAAUAGUAUCAAAACCUUUAUUAGUUCCAACCAAAUGGAUGAAUCUGCUAAAGUUUUCUUCACAAUUCAAUUCAUUAGAUUUUUGCAACAGGUAAGAUUAUCUUUUUUUUUAAAAAAAAGAAAAAAUUGA